AUGUCCAAAGCCAAGAGGGUCAAUGGACUGACUGUCUCGGUUCCUUUUUUAUACGGAUCUACAGCAACGGCUGUAACUAAAAAAGACGCAUUGGUAGAUCCAACACAUACGCAUAAAUGGGCAGUUUAUGUCCGAGGUAUCAAUGACGAAGACCUUUCAUAUUGUAUUAAGCGAGUUUUGAUUAAGCUUCAUGAAAGUUUUGAGUCGCCCAAUCGAGUAUUCGAGGCACCGCCAUACGAAGUUAACGAAACUGGAUGGGGAGAGUUUGAAAUCAUGAUCAAGAUCACGCUUGUGGAUCCAUUAGAAAAGCCAAUUACUGUAUACCAUCAACUUCAACUAUACCCAAAAGAAGAAAUUGCCUUGCAGUCUAAAAAGUCGGUGAUUGUGAAUCAUUAUGAUGAAUUGAUAUUUAAUGAGCCAUCUGAGGAAUAUGCCGAAUCACUCAAGAUUCAUGCAGAACUGUCUCAACUUCCACCUACGGGACCAUUUUCAUUACAAACGGAAGCAGAUGAAUUGCAGCAGCUAGAAGCCAUCUAUAACAAACUUAACUCGGAUCUGGAGAAACAGAACCAAACAUACAGGAAAACAGAGCAAGAGUUGCGACUUAUUCAAGCAGAACUUGUUGAACUCGAACGCCAAUAAAGCAUUAUAUAAAGCGGUACACUAU